CAUCCUCAACAACAUCCAGUCACACUUGCCUGGCUCCGGCCUCCAAUUCUUCCUUAAGAGCUCCUAGCCGAGGGUUGACGAGGCUCAAUUGGCCUCACGUCCUCUCCAUCCAACCAGCUCCAAUGGCUCUCUGUGGGCGGCUGGCGCGCCGCACGCCGAACCUCCUUCGCCAAUGUCGCGCGGGUGCUUCGCCCAUUUCCUCGCGCACCUUCACUCAGGCCGCUGCCUCCCCUCUGCUGUCGCUGAGGAAAGGCCAGACCCCCCGGUCUUCGUACCAGCAGCUGCGCACUUUCACCCGUGUCCAGGCCUCCCGUAACGAGAGCACCGAAGCUCCCAAUGCGCAGGCCUACCUCAACUCGGGCGCGAUUGCUGGCGGAAGGGAUCUGGUGAAUGUGUCCAAGGUACUGGUCAUUGGUUCUGGUGGCCUCAGCAUUGGACAGGCCGGUGAAUUCGAUUACUCGGGCUCUCAAGCGCUCAAGGCCUUGAAGGAGGCCGGCGUGAAAUCGGUUCUCAUCAACCCCAACAUUGCGACCAUUCAAACGUCUCACGUGCUUGCGGACGAGGUUUACUACCUCCCUGUUACUCCGGAAUAUGUCCAAUACGUUAUCGAGAAGGAGAGGCCUGACGGUAUCUUCCUCAGCUUCGGCGGCCAAACCGCCCUGAACCUGGGUGUUAAGAUGAACAAGAUGGGCAUUUUUGAGCGUUACGGCGUCAAGGUUCUGGGAACCAGCGUCAAGACCUUGGAGACUUCUGAGGACCGUGACCUUUUCGCUAAGGCUCUCGGUGAGAUCAACAUUCCCAUUGCCGAGUCGACUGCUGUCGAGACCAUCGACCAGGCUCUGGAGGCUGCUGACAAGGUCGGAUACCCCAUCAUUGUGCGUGCUGCGUACGCUCUGGGUGGUCUUGGUUCUGGCUUUGCCAACAACCCGGAGGAGUUGAGGAACUUGGCUGCCAGGUCGUUGACUCUGUCCCCGCAAAUUCUGGUUGAGAAGUCUCUCAAGGGCUGGAAGGAGGCCGAGUAUGAGGUCGUCCGCGAUGCUAGCGACAACUGCAUCACUGUCUGCAACAUGGAGAACUUCGACCCGCUCGGUGUUCACACUGGUGACAGUAUUGUCGUCUCCCCGUCUCAGACUUUCAGUGACGAGGAGUACCACAUGCUCCGGUCUGCUUCUAUCAAGAUUGUCCGUCACUUAGGUGUCGUGGGUGAAUGCAACGUUCAGUACGCUCUGCAGCCUGAUGGCCUUGACUACAGGGUCAUUGAGGUCAAUGCCCGUCUGUCUCGUUCUUCUGCCCUUGCUUCCAAGGCUACUGGUUACCCACUUGCCUACACCGCUGCUAAGAUUGGUCUGGGCCACACUCUUCCGGAGCUUCCCAACGCUGUUACCAAGACUACCACUGCCAACUUCGAACCCUCUCUGGACUACAUUGUCACCAAGAUGCCUCGUUGGGACUUGAGCAAGUUCCAAAACGUCAAGCGUGACAUCGGCUCUUCCAUGAAGUCGGUUGGUGAGGUCAUGGCCAUUGGCCGUACUUUUGAGGAAUCGUUCCAAAAGGCCUGUCGCCAGGUCGACCCCAAGUUCCUGGGCUUCCAGGGUGACAAGUUUGACAACCUUGACGACGCGCUGGCAAACCCCACCGACAGGAGGUGGCUCGCUGUCGGUCAGGCCAUGUUCCACGAGGGCUACACCGUCGACAGGAUCCACGAGCUUAGCAAGAUUGACAAGUGGUUUUUGUACAAGCUCAAGAACAUUGUUGACUGCCAGAACGAGCUCAAGGAGAUUGGCAGUCUUUUCGGCUUGAAGAAGGAGAUUGUCUCCAAGGCCAAGAAGCUGGGUUUCUCUGACAAGCAGAUUGCGCUCGCUGUCAACAGCACCGAGGACGAGGUCCGUGCCCGCAGAAAGGGCUUUGGUGUCACUCCCUUUGUUAAGAGGAUCGACACCCUGGCUGCCGAGUUCCCUGCUGACACCAACUACCUCUACACCACUUACAAUGCUUCUUCCCACGAUGUUGAGUUCAAUGAUCACGGUGUUGUCGUUCUUGGCAGCGGUGUUUACCGUAUCGGCUCUUCCGUCGAGUUUGACUGGUCUGCGGUCAUGGCUACUCAGGCCCUGAACAGGCUCGGCAAGAAGACCGUCAUGAUCAACUACAACCCCGAGACCUACUCCACUGACUUCGACGUUGCCGACAAGCUCUACUUCGAAGAGCUCAGCUACGAGCGUGUCAUGGAUAUCUACGAGCUCGAGACUGCUUCUGGCGUUGUUGUCUCUGUCGGUGGCCAGCUGGCUCAGAACAUUGCUCUCAAGCUCCAGGAGACCGGCAAGGCUAAGGUUCUUGGUACCGACCCGCUCGACAUUGACAAGGCCGAGGACAGGCACAAGUUCUCUCAAAUCCUUGACUCCAUUGGUGUUGACCAGCCGGCUUGGAAGGAGCUGAGCUCCUACGAGGAUGCUAAGAAGUUUGCUACGAGUGUUGGAUAUCCUGUCCUUGUUCGUCCCUCAUAUGUCCUCUCUGGUGCCGCCAUGACUGUCAUCCACAGCGAGGAGCAGCUCGAAGAGAAGCUGCUUGCUGCCAGCAGCGUUUCUCCCGAUCACCCCGUCGUUAUCACCCAGUACAUCGAGGGCGCUCAGGAGAUUGACGUUGACGCUGUUGCAUCUAACGGCAAGGUCCUCGUCCACGCCGUCUCAGAACACGUCGAGAAUGCCGGUGUCCACUCUGGUGAUGCUACUCUUGUCCUUCCUCCUGUCAACCAGGACGAGUCUACCCUCCAGCGUUGCAAGGAGAUCGCCGAUAAGGUUGCCAAGGCUUGGAACAUCACUGGUCCCUUCAACAUGCAAAUCAUUAAGGCUGAGGACCCCGCCGGCGGUGAGCCUGCUCUGAAGGUCAUUGAGUGCAACCUUCGUGCUUCCCGUUCUUUCCCCUUCGUCAGCAAGGUCCUCGGUACCAACUUCAUUGAUGUUGCCACCAAAGCUCUUCUUGAUAAGGAGGUUCCCGAGCCUGUUGACCUCAUGGCUAAGAAGCGUGACUACGUCGCCACCAAGGUUCCUCAGUUCUCGUGGACUCGUCUUGCCGGUGCUGAUCCCUACCUUGGCGUCGAGAUGUCCUCGACUGGUGAGAUGGCCUGCUUCGGUAAGGAUUUGGUUGAGGCCUACUGGACCUCGGUGCAGUCUAUGAUGAACUUCCGCGUUCCCGAGCCCGGUGAGGGUCUGCUGUUCGGUGGUGAUGUCACCAAGAGUGAGCUUGCUGCCAUUGUUGAUUACAUGAACCCCUUGGGUUACAAGCUGUACGCGGCCAACAAGGAGGUCAAGAACCACCUCGAGAAGGCCAGCAAGGACAACUCCGUCAAGGUCGAGGUCAUUGAAUUCCCCAAGGAGGACAAGCGUGCUCUGCGCGAGGUCUUCGAGAAGUAUGAUAUCCGCGGCGUCUUCAACCUUGCUAAGCAGCGGGCGAGCAGCCUCGUCGAUGAGGACUACGUCAUGCGCCGCAACGCGGUCGACUUCGGUGUUCCGCUCUUCAUGGAGCCUAAGACCGCGCUCCUGUUCGCUCAGUGCGUUAGCGAGAAGCUUCCUCGCAAGGAGGGCAUCCCGACCGAGGUUCGCAAAUGGAGCGAAUUCGUCGGAAACAAGUUGUUGUAAGCUACCAUCACGAAACUCAAGAGGGCACACGUUAUAAAGGCGGGAGAUGUGAUGUCAAACAAACAAAAACUGGCGUAUUCUGCUUUAUGGGUUCUUUGAUUAUCUGUAUUACUUUCGGGUCUGGAGAGGGAAAUGAGGGAUAGAGGGGAGGGAUAUCCUUGCUGGUUGGGGUGCGUGAGCCCGUGUAGAUAGAUGGGCUUGACGGGGAAAAUUGGGGUAAGUAGGAUAAUAUACCACUGUUAGGUUGUACGUUUAGUCGUUCUAGGCGAGUCCAGUACAGUUUCUUUUAUGGAUUUAGGUUAUGAAUCUCCUCUCAUCUUACCAUUUCUCACUCAGUCUGAUUCUCC